AUGAGCGAGAAGGGAACAUCCCCACUGUUCCUGACCCUUUUGAUAUUAGUCAUCUUUGUCGUUCUAGGUAGCAGCUACUUUGGCUUGGCGGCUCUGGUGCUGGUCUUGGCGUACCAGUGGUCUUCAAGUCAGAAAGGUUCUGUGCAGACAAAGUCUCAGCAGCAGAGCAAGGCAAGUGUCCAUCCUCAAGGGUAUCAGGAUCCGUUACGAUGGUCAUUUCUUCCUUCCAAUGGUGUACAAAGAGCCAACACCUUGGAAUCGACAAAGUAUGAGAAUGACCUUUGCGAGCUUAAGUGUUUAGCAAUGCACCGGCCGACGCACGAACUUUGGCGGGAGGCGAGCAGUGACUACCCAUAUGCUUGGCACUUACAUGGACGCAAGAGACUAUGGGAGAUCCGUGUCCAGAUGCGUUUGAAGCAGGUGCCUUCCAGCAAGCUCUAUUUCGGGAUAGAGCUGCCGGACUGUGAGGCUGCAUCAACAACUGCUCGACAAAUGAAAGCUGUCCUCAUCAGAGCCAUCCAAGGCGUGAUCGGCGAUUUUUACUACUCCGAUGGAGAGGAUCCUGCCGAGGUCACCCCCGGCGAAGAAGUGGAACCAUCCACUUUCGUUAUGCCGCUGUGGACCUUUGAUCAGUUUGUGGUGUCAGAGGUUGGAGAGGAGCCGGAAAUUACUGGCGACCUGAGCAACGUGGGAAUGCGUCGGAGUGAUGGACUGAAGGCCUAUGUCAAGGAAUUGCAGAAGUGCGUCGAGCAUUUCUCCAAAGACAAGGUCUACACCUUCUGCAUCUGGGGCGUGUCCCAGUUCUUGGAUUGUAUACGCUGGGAAGCACGAGGCAUAUUUCCAGGCAUGGCGGUGAACUUCUCUCGCUUUGGGCUGAAGCCGCCCUUGAACAUCGCGAUCUAUGAGAUGCCGGGAGAUCAUCCAGAUGCAAGGCAUCUCAGAUCCAGGAAGAGAUACUACUUGAAUGUGGCAAUGUGGAGCACACUGCAGCCUCCGGAGAAAAAGAAACUUGAGGAGCUGAUAGGUCCGCAGGAAGUUGCUCCAGAAACAAGGCCACGGCACACGCUGCGAAGUAUGGACGUUUUCGCGUGUUGUUCCGGGCUGACCACGGCGUAUUUGUGA